ACACAACAAAGAAAGCCCCACCAUGCCAACUGUGGUGGUGAUGGAUGUGUCCCUCUCCAUGACCCGACCGGUCUCUGUCGAGGGUUCUGAGGAGUAUCAGCGAAAGCAUCUUGCUGCCCAUGGCCUGACCAUGCUGUUUGAACACAUGGCUACCAACUACAAGCUGGAAUUCACUGCCUUAAUUGUGUUUUCAUCCCUCUGGGAGCUGAUGGUACCCUUCACAAGAGAUUACAACACACUCCAGGAGGCGCUGAGCAAUAUGGAUGAUUACGACAAGACCUGUUUAGAGGCAGCCCUGGGUGGGGUUUGCAACAUUGUGCAGCAGGAAUGGGGGGCGGCUGUUCCCUGCCAGGUGGUGCUCGUCACCGACGGCAGCUUAGGCAUUGGCAAGGGCUCUCUCCGCCACUCUUUAGCGACUCUAAGCCAGCGGAAGGAGAACCGAUUCCCGCUACCUUUCCCUUUCCCGUCCAAGUUGUACAUCAUGUGCAUGGCCAAUCUGGAGGAGCUACAGAGCUCAGAUUCUUUAGACUGUCUUGAACGUCUGAUAGACUUAAACAACGGGGAAGGGCAGAUCUUCACUAUCGAUGGACCCCUGUGCUUGAAGAAUGUGCAGUCCAUGUUUGGAAAGCUGAUUGAUGUCGCUUACACACCAUUCUAUGCAGUUCUGAAAUGCGGUCAUUUGUCUUCGGACGUGCAAGCAUUUCCGAGGCCGGAGCCUUUUGUGAUUGACGAAGAGAUAGAUCCGAUCCCGAAAACCAUUAACACAGACUUGGAAAUAGUUGGAUUUAUAGACAUAGCGGAUAUUUCCAGUCCCCCUGUCUUAUCUAGGCAUUUGGUAUUGCCCAUCGCCCUCAAAGAAGGGGAUGAAAUGGGGCCAGGGAUUGCAGACGAUGCGGAAGAUGAGAAUUCAGCCAAUCAGAUCGCGGGCAAGAUCCCCAACUUCUGCGUGCUGCUACACGGGAGCCUGAAAGUGGAGGGCAUGGUGGCGAUUGUCCAGUUAGGGCCGGAAUGGUACGGGAUGCUGUAUUCGCAGGCCGACAGCAAGAAGAAGUCAAACCUGAUGAUGUCCCUCUUUGAGCCAGGUCCAGAACCUCUCCCUUGGCUGGGCAAGAUGGCCCAGCUUGGCCCCAUCUCAGAUGCCAAAGAGAACCCGUAUGGGGAGGACGACAAUAAGAGUCCCUUCCCUUUGCAACCCAAGAACAAGCGCAGCUACGCACAGAACGUCACAGUGUGGAUUAAACCCAAUGGCCUGCAGACAGAUGUGCAGAAGAUCCUCAGGAACGCACGAAAGCUCCCUGAGAAGACCCAGACCUUCUACAAGGAACUGAACCGCUUACGAAAGGCUGCCUUGGCAUUUGGGUUUUUGGACCUUCUCAAAGGCGUGGCAGAUAUCCUUGAGCGAGAGUGCACCCUUCUGCCGGACACAGCCCAUCCCGACGCCGCUUUCCAGCUGACCCACGCCGCCCAGCAGCUCAAGACGGCCAGCACUGGUACCUCCAACUAUGCCACUUUCGACCACAACAUCACCCCGCUGCAGACGGACUUCUCCGGCAGCGGGACGGACCGGCUGUGAGGCCCA